GACGAGGCUCAAGAAGCAGAGGCUAUCCAGGUGGUAAAUGCCAUAUUGGACCUGCGAGAGCAGCAGACAGUGCAAACUCCUGCGGUCAUGUGUAAAAUAUAUUUCACCACAGCCAUGUUACAGUUUAUUUUGGGAGAUAUGCCAAAAGUAAGUCCGUAUAACUUAAAUCGUACGACUGUGGUUAAUUGUCGUGUGCAUGCACAAACUUGAUUUGUGCAUAAAGUCUGAAAGAUAGUCCGCGAGCAGGCCGUAGGCUGCGGCUCGAACGGCGACACCGUGAGAAACGAGCAGACCUCGUUAAAUACCGUCUGAUUUUGUCCUCAUAGUAAACUCGAUACAAUUAAUGUAUUUCUUACUGACACGACGAAUCACUUCCCUCCCUAUUCAUAAUCAGUUUUCAAUCUGAGAGGGUUAAAAGUUUCCAAACUAAAUGUCUUAGUUUCCAUCGUAGACUGUUCUUUUACGCGCUGAAGCGUUUGUUAUUUUCGUUGCAGGCAAGAGAUUUUGGGAUCAAAGCUCGAACUGCCUGCGAGAGUGCAGUUUCGUCUGAUGAAGGAACCAUGAGUAAUCUAGUUGAAUUUUUGAAAGCUGUCGAGAGAUUUAUGUAG